UCUCUUUGGACUAACGAAAGGAUAUGUGUGUUAAAGUGUGAUCGGGUUUACGUGGUGUGUUUACGUGGUUAUUGUUUGUAACUUUUUUUUCUGUGUGUUUUUUGUUUGAAGUUUCGUCUGUUGUUUGAAAUGCAACCAUAAUGCAGGAUGGAUGUAGAUGAGCACCAGGAUGAGUCAUCAGAGCAACAUGACGAGAUGUCGUCUGAAGAGAGCACCCACAGGUUGGGCUCUGCUGAGCGCAACCAGCAGUCCUCCCCCUUCUCAGAGAGCAAGGUCUUUCGGUUAAGCCCCAUAGAGUUUGACAGUGACAGUGGUGCAGAUGGUGAGGACUUCCCGUCGUCGAGCAGAAAUGGGCUUGACCACAUUAAGGGCAUUAAUGAGGAGGAGGAGGAGGAAGAGCAGAGGGAAAAGUUUGAAGCUGCCACAGAUAUUUCGUUCCUAAAGGAUAAAUCCCUCACCGCGUCACCCACCAGAAACUUCAAAAGUUCCUAUGCCAAGUCUCUGGCAGACUCCUACAGACGGGCAAGCCUGCCUGUGGUGGUGGGGUCUCCUAAAGGGCAGUUUUAUUUCAAGAACGACGAAUUCCUUAGUCUGAAUGCUAGGCCUGCAAGACUCUCAGGGUUCGGCCAAGACAAGUACGUAAGCCUAAAUUCCAGUUCCACCAGGUCACCCUCACUGCCUGGAUUUGAGCCUCUUUCCCUUCCAACAAUACUCGAUGUGGUGCCAGAACCUCAGGAAUUGCCGCAGGAGGUGAGAGAAUCCAAAACUACAACCAGGAAUCUUUACAGUCAGCUACUAAAUGAAGAGGAGGUCUUUGUGCCAUACGAGCGGCUGCAGAAAUUCUGCGAGGAAGGAGGAGGCAACUUCUCCCUCCAAGACUGGCACAGCUUGGGCUCCCUCAUUACCAGUGACGGAAGAAAACUUGUUAAACUCUCUGACUUUCAAGAAAGAGUGAAGAAGCACAAGACUUGUAAGUUAAUAGAAAAUGGCUAUCCAGUUGCGAAUGGCGGUGAAAAAGAUGCACAGGUCGAAGGCCUUCGCAUGGAGAGAGGGCAGCUAGAAGGCCGUAUAGAACAGCUGUGUGAUGUGCUGGCAGAACGAGACAAUACAGUGCAGCGGUUGGAAGAGGAUUUGUUACGCAUCAGAAUGGAGUGCCAGAGGCUCAUAGUGGAGAACCGAGCCCUGAGGAGCAACCUUGGCCAGCCCGGCUCCUCGGUUAACGGCGAAUCCCUCUCACAAGUGGGGAAGCUGGAACAACAAGUCCAGCUACUCACUGCCCAGCUCAGCAGAGCUGAACGCAGCAGACACACCUAUGAGGCAGCAACCCGGCAGCUGGUGGACUUCCUCCACACUGUGAACUCCACCCUGAGCACCUCAACCAGUCCUAGUCCCUCCACCUCCCUGGUCUCUGUCCCAGCGUCCUCACCUGUCACGCACUCUAUCCAAACAGAGGAUGAGGGAGAGAGUGAUCCUCCCUACAGGCUGGCCCAACCCCAGAGCACAAUGCCAGAGACCAGGGCGAGGUCAGUCAGUCAUACCUUUGGCCCAAUCAGAAGGAACUCUGACAUGAUCCGUCGGGCUGGGAGUGUGUGCGCCCUUCCCACACAGUCUGGGACUUCUAACAGAGUGAGUCGUGCCGCCAGCACAUAUUGUGUCGCCACUGAGGUUCAGCGCUCCAGCCACGGUGAAGCCACAGCAUCUGGGAGUCAGGACAAGGGGGGGUCGCCAGGGAAGUCGCACACUUCUGAGUUCCUGGCAACCCGUGCAAAGGAACUCAUCACCUCACUAAAGUCAUUAAUGAGGAGUGAGAACAGGUAUGCUACGGGUGUACCUACCAAUGGAAAGGAAGAUGGGUGUUGUAGAGGUAUAUUGAAGCUCAAUUUGGAACCAAAGAAGUCUGGGUCUGGUAUGGCAAGUGGGAGCAACACCAGCAGGAGUACAAAGAGUGAUGGCCACAGCUCCCUCACCACCUCGGAAGACCACAACAGGACUACCAUCUGGCACAUCCCCCCCGAGGUCUACUUCGGUGACAAACCAAGGGACGACAACCAGAACAUUGCUGGGGGCUCCUGUAGCACUGACGAUGACAGUAGCACUGCUGGUCAGAGCAUUGUCGACGGCAAGGGUAUGGAUGCCGCUCUGAACAAUAACAAUAACAAGGCUCCCUCAUCUGCAAGGGAUGGCAGACUGCAGGUACAACCAGUGGAAGUAAAUGGCAGUUCACAACCUCUCAGCCUAACGGUGGUGGGUGAUCCAUCAUCCUCCUCCUCCUCCUCUCUUGACGAUCGCCGCUUCUCUUCGCUCCCAAACCGCGGCCACACAGCAAGAAACCUGAACGACUCCGAGCACCGCCUUGUCUGGGUGUAGGAAACAGCUACCUGAUGAUAACUCAGUUAAUGCUUCCCCCUUGCAAUUACUGCUCCCGGUGAUAGAAUAUUUCUUCCAUUACAUUGCCUUAUUAACAACAGGUGUGCAGUGUUGUACAGAAUGAUAUUAAUAACUUCAUUCUGCUAUACUUAACCAUAUUCACUGUAUAACCACUUGUGAAAACUGUCUUCUCUAGUGCAAAUUGUAGAGACUAGUCGCACAAAAGCAAAGCAUAAGGAACAGCAGGUUUAUUGUGUAAGAACAAAGGUUUCCAGGAAGUAGUGAGGGGAAUAAACUCUCCUCCAAAGAUAAUACUUACAGGUGUCACUCUUUUUAUAGUUCUUGAAUAAUAUAACUUUUGUAAUGCUUUUAGAAUUUAAGCUAGAGCAAACACCUUUUAUUUCACAGGACAUUCUGAAACUGCAGCAUAUAUGCAGAAUGCUGGUACCAGGAAAUGAACCUCUCUUAUACAUUUAACAAGUCAUUUGCUUUAAUUGUAUUUUUUCUUGCUCUUUUUAUGAAUUUAUAUUAUCAUAUGGCUUUUUUAUCAUUAUUAUUUUUCUAAUGAUAAUGAUCACAGGUUGUGGUGCAGUUGGUACUUAUAUAUAUAUUUUUUGUCCAAGGAGUACCUCCUCUUUUACCAAAGAUUCUUGCAGUGUGAGAUUAUUUUGCUUAAAAAUGUACAGAAAUGCAUGGAGAAAACAUGGGAAAAUGACAAAGGGAGUGGUGAAAUCUAAUGGUGUAGUUUUGUUAGUAGUAAACUGGAAGAAUGCAAGGUUCCUAACUCAGCUGUGGGAAAGGUACAUUGAAAUAUGAAUACAUUGAAAUUUUUAGGUCCAUUAAUAAUGAGAAAGAUGGUGAUACUGGGUAAUGUUACAUAAUAUCACUUGUGAAGCGAGAAGGUCAUCAGAAGAGGAUUAUGUUUUACUUUCUGUAUAGGGUUGGAAAGUUACUUACAAGUAGAAAGCUGGUUUUUCAUAUACAAAUUCAUUUUUGAUAUUAAAAAGUGAUUUCAAAUUAGCUUUAGUUGUGAAAUUCCUCUCCAUCAUAACUAAUUACUAUUAAUUUGCCAUCUGUUCAUUUGUUAAUAUGUUAUCUGAACAUAUACUUCUAAAUAAUUACAUAACAGUUCCAAAUGUGGAAUAUUUCACCUUUCAUCAUCCAAUAGGCAUUGAAGAUACUGGUAUAUGUAUGUAACUUGGGGCAUCUAGUUAUAGGUCUUAAAAAACAAAACAAAAAGUAAGUUGAAAAGAAUACAUCAGUGAGAAGUAGUGACGUUUGUGUGACCUAAUGGAAUUAUACUUAACCAAUUAUCAUCAGGGAAUUUAAUAGGUCUUGUACUUAUUGUGUAGUGUGUUUUGCCAGUUUUCAUUCUGUAGAAAGAAAUUGUAUAAUAUAUAACAGAGAAUUGUAUGUUUGCAGAGGUUCAAUACCUGUAUCUGGACUAAUGAGAGAGUAAAAGUGGAUGAGAGUAGGUGAGAAUGAAUAAGUAAGUAAGAGAGUGAGUUUAAAAGGUAUGAAUGAGAAUGGAUAUCUUCAUAACACUAAACGUAUUUGACUGGUUUUGAUUAUAUCUUUGUCAGAAAUACACGUUUUUCUGACAAAGAUAUAAUCAAAAUCUUGUGUCGUGAAGAUAUUCAAUCUCAUUCAUACCUUUUAUACAUCUGUUAAAAUGAAUACGGUUUAGAGAGCUAGUUAGUAGUAAGAAAGAAAGGGAGUGAGAGUGUGAGUAAGUAAACAAAAGAGAAACUUAUGACAAAGGAAAUGAGAGGGAGAAGGGUGAAUUGAACAAGACUAAGUGAGAGAGAAAGAUAGAGGGUUAGAGUAAAAAGUAAGUGUGUUAAAGCGAAAGAAAAAAAAAUGCUUGAAAAGUAAAAAUUAAGAGUGUGAGAAUGAAAGUAAGAAGAAGGAAAAAAAAGGCAUAUAAGAGAGUGAGUGAGUGAGUGUGAGUGUGAGUAUAAGAGAGUGUGUGAGUGUUAGUGUGUAUUAUUCUAACCUUUGCUCUGUCAAUGUGUCUUAGUGUGCAAACAAAUUUGCAAAAUAGAAAAGUUAAGUUCAGGUGAUUUUGCCAAAGAAUAACAAAAGAAAUAUCCACCACUUUCUAUAAUAUGGUUCAUGGAUAAGUGAUCUGUCUUCUGUAUCUGUCUGUUAAUUUAAAUGUGAAUUAUUUAUUUAUCUAUUUCUGCUGUGUUGUGAUGAAGCUUUGGGAUCUCAUGUAAAGGGUGUUGUGAUUAAAAAAAAAAGAGAGAGAGAGAGAGAGAGAGAAAGAGAGAGAGUUCACGUAUAACAAAAUAAAAGAGGAUUUGAUGUAACAGCAAAUCACACUUUGCUGUUUCUGUCGUCGAUACCUCUGUGGGUAGCUUGCUGACUGGCUUGAUUUGUUAUCUAAGGCAUUCAGGUCGUAUCUUGGGGGGAAGGAAAUGCCACAGGAGGAAAAUGGUUUUAUCCACUUGUGCUUGAAGGUCUUGAACAUUUAUUUAUUUAUUUAUUUAUUAACAUUAAGCUCUUAUUUCAAUUGUUAUUAUAUUAUUGAUUUGUUAUUAAUAUCAUCAUUAUUAUUAUGAUUAUGAUUGUAAUUAAUUAUAAUUAUGAUUGUAAUUGAUUAUAAAUAUAAUUAUAAUUAUAAUUAUAAUUAUAACUACAAUAAUGAUGAUAGUAAUAAUAAUGAUAAUGAUAAUAAUAUACACUAUUAUUAUUAUUAUUAUUAUUAUUAUUAUUAUUAUUAUUAUUUUGUAUUUGUAUUUAUAUUUGCAUUGCUAUUAUUUGUAUUAUUCAUAAUAUUUAAGUUGAUGGUAAAUGUUACUACAUGCCAUCUUAGUCUUCAAAAUUAGUUAGUAAAAUAUUUUGACAGAAUGUAGAGAAGGCUUGACAGGAAGUGUAAAUGAAUUUCCAAGAGACAUGAACCAUGCAAAAAGCAUGUCAUUUCCUGUCUUUUGAGUUGUCUCAUUUUCAGGUUGCGGUAAGUUGUUUUGUGUGAUAGAAAUGUAUGGAAAUUGUGUUACAAAUACACAAAAGAAACAAAA